AUGUCUCUCGCCGUUGACGCUGGACGACAUCGAAAUGUCAACGACUUGCCCCUUGAGACGCUCGAGUUGGUACUUAUUAAAGUCAGAGGAAGCUCGCAACUCAAUGGAGAUCGAUCUUUUGUCAAUGCCCUUACUGUCUGCUCUCGAUGGAAAGCCGUUGGCGAGAAGGUUCUUUGGACAGAUGUUUCUGUUUCCGAAACAUCACUCGACAAUUUCUGCCAAUCGACCAGCACCGCCAUGAGCAUGACGCGGACCUUCACACUGAAUGUAACUCUUGACACUGGAGGUUGGAGUGUACACGACCGGAAUUGGGCCAACAGUUCCGUGGUGCAACAAAUAUGGCAAUUCUUAGAAAGAGUCCCGUCAGUCAUUGGGAAGAUGUACGGAUUGGAGAGCUUCAGCUUCACUAUUGCCGCCCGCGAUCCUGAUAGCUGGUCAGCUGGAAUCAGACGUCGCGAUCUUCGCGCCAUCGUUGAUGCUCUUCCUCUCACUCUGCAACAUCUGGAACUCCAUACAAACUGUGCUUGGGACAGGCGAGACGCACAGCCCUCGUUAGACCACGCCUUAGCGGACGCUUCUUAUCAUAUCUGUCCUUCGAUCAGACGACUGCUACCAAAUCUGCGCAACCUACGCCUACGGGUGUGUGAGCUUUGCGAGGAUAUCAUCCCCUCCGCGCCAUCGAACAUUGGGCCAAUCAAUGCCAGUAGUAAGGGUGCACUCAUCAUCAAUGGGGCAAGCUAUACAAAGCAUUGUAGGGAUCCUGAGCCUAGCUUUCAUGUCAUCAGGACUUUCGAAGAUUUGCGAAGCGAGCGUGUGUCCGUUUUCCGACGAUUGGGCUCAGCAAUCAGAACUGCUGUCAAUGACGGACUCCUCGACGGCUUCGGACACUGCACAAUCAUCAGUGCAUGUCAUGUUAAUCCCGAGGCGGAAUUGGAGAAGCCAUUACCAGGGUCGGAAUUCACCACGGUUUUUGAAAGUAGACUGUAUCCUAUCCCUCGCCAGAUCAAGCAUCCCGUCUACUUCAUAGGCAAAGUAUGGUGUGUGGUACGCUGGCGGAGAAGCAAUGGAGAAGAGAUGGAACUCAUUGAGCCAGGACAAGACCACCUAUAUCUUGAACGCGAUUCAUGGAAAACGGUUGACGGAUUCCGCGUCGCCACCAGCUACAUGGAAUGUCGACCUCGGUUCAGACGUCCUCGCGGGACAAUUCAAAUACUCCAUUUGGAGGCAGAUCGAUUUGACCGUUGUGAAGUUCCGGGCUUCCCUUGUCAGCUCCGGGUUUUGGAACGGAAGGUCGGCAAAUGGCUACUACGUCCAGUGGAGACGGAAGACCUAAACGAUUUCGAGCUUGUCAGACUUGAUCAUUAUCACGAGGGCCAGGAUAGUUUCGGCGGUUUUGAUUACAUUGACAACCAGGACAAUGACUCUCAGAACGGAGGUGACCAGGACUGGCAAGAAGACGGUCCCCCAGACCAGGAAGAAGAAGAAGCCGAAAGAGACGAGCACCAAGCAGAUGCAGGUUCGGAUUGGGAGCUAUGAGCGUGAUGCAGUAUUGACAUAGGGAUCGAGACUUUGAGAAAUUGCAGCGAGGCAAUAUCUUAC